GCCAAUGGUUACACAUCCUCAUGAGAACCUAAAUAUGGAUGCUGUACGAACGGGCAAUUCUGCCCUACUCACCAGCCAAAGACGUAGUGGCUAUACCAUAUCACGUGGUACCCUAAUACUCGCUGUAGCAUUUUUCCUCUGCACCCUGGUUACGGUAGCGGUGUUAAUCUAUAACUUUGCCACCUGUGACAAAUUGAUACCGGCCGAAGAUGAGAAUAUCGUCUGUACCACGGUGCACUUGAAGCACAAAGGUAACGAUACGAAUGCCACGGCGCUAGCCGUGCCGCAUCACGAGCGAGAUGUACGCCUGCCACGUUCAAUAAAACCACUCAAGUACAACAUCUCACUGGAACCGUACCUGUUCGAGGGUAACUUUACCUUUGACGGUGAAGUUCAAAUCAAUAUUGUAGCUGUGGAGGAUUGCUACAACAUAACCAUGCAUGCCGUCGAUUUGAAUAUUUCCAAGAAUGAUGUCAGUAUACGACGUGCCUCCAGUAAUGGGCCAACAGCAGCAGCCGCUGCUGAGGGAACCGAAUUGCGUAUACGUAAACAAUAUCUGCAGGAGGCUAAACAGUUUUUCGUUAUUGAGUUGUACGACAAACUUGUACAGAGUACGGAAUACGUGAUUAAUAUCAAAUUUAGUGGUUUAAUUCAGGACACAUUGCAAGGAUUCUAUCGCAGUUCGUAUCAGGUGGGAAAUGAGACAAGAUGGUUAGCCUCAACACAAUUUCAGGCCACCGAUGCACGUAGAGCAUUUCCAUGUUUCGAUGAACCUGCACUUAAAGCGAAAUUUGCUUUAAAUAUUGCACGGCCAAAACAGCUUUCAACUAUUUCAAAUAUGCCCAGAGCCAGGACAAGAAAACAUGACACUUUACCCGACUAUGAAUGGGAUUAUUUUGCUGAAUCGGUGCCAAUGUCAACAUAUUUGGUAGCCUAUAGUAUAUCGGAUUUUAGCCACUUAUCGAAUGGAACAUUUUCCGUAUGGGCUCGGCAUGAUGCCAUACAAUCGGCUUCAUAUGCUUUGAGUAUGGUACCCAAAGCUCUGAAAUUUUUUGAAGAUUUCUUUCGGAUACCAUAUCCCUUGCCAAAAAUUGAUAUGAUUGCACUGCCAGAUUUUGCCUCGGGAGCUAUGGAAAAUUGGGGUCUAAUUACAUAUAGAGAAACAAGUAUGCUUUUUGAAAAGGGGGUAUCCGCAUCUACAUAUAAACAGCGAGUUGCCACUGUGGUUGCCCAUGAAGUAGCUCAUCAAUGGUUUGGUAAUUUGGUGACGCCCACCUGGUGGAGUGAUAUAUGGCUUAAUGAGGGCUUUGCCAGCUAUAUGGAAUAUGAGUCUUUGAAUAGCAUAGAACCCGAUUGGCAUGUAAUGGAUCAGUUUGUUGUUAAUACUCUGCAGAAUGUAUUUCAAUUGGAUGCUAUGUCUUCGUCUCAUAAAAUUUCCAUCGAAGUAGGAAAUCCAGAGGAAAUUAAUGAAAUAUUCGAUAGAAUAUCGUAUGACAAAGGCUCAACGUUAAUUCGAAUGAUGGGGCAUUUUCUAACGUCGCCAGUAUUUCGCAAGGGUCUACAUAACUACUUAAAAGAAUUAUCUUAUCGUUCCGCUGAACAAGACGAUUUAUGGCAUUUCCUUACAUUGGCAGCAAAAUCUGAAGGUUUAUUGGAUCGCAAUGCCACCGUCAAAGAUAUUAUGGAUACUUGGACAUUGCAGGUGGGAUUCCCAGUGGUGCAGGUCACCAAACAUCCCAAUACAAAUGUUAUACGCUUGGAACAGCAACGUUUUGUCUACAAGAAAUUCCAUAACACUGCGAAUGUCACACAAGAAGAUCCUCUUUGGUGGAUACCGAUUACCUAUACAACAGCUGAGGAGUUGGAUUUUGAAAAUACCCGACCAAUAACGUGGAUACCACGUUCAAAAAUCUAUGAAAUUGAAAGCCGUAAUUUAUCGGCAGCCGAUUGGUUUAUUUUCAAUAUACAACAGAGCGGUUAUUAUCGUGUCAAUUAUGAAAUACAAAAUUGGCAGGCAAUAAUGGACCAUCUAAUGGAUGUGAAGAAAUUCAGACAAAUAUCACCCUCAAAUCGGGCCCAACUAAUCGAUGAUGCUAUGAAUUUGGCGCGUGGUGGAUAUUUGAGUUAUAAUUUGGCAUUGAAUUUGACCAGAUAUUUGAUACACGAAGAUGAUACAACGGCAUGGAAGGCAGCCAUGAAUGCGUUUAAUUUUUUGGAUGCAAUGUUUGGUAGUAUGGGUGAAUAUGAUGUAUUUAAGAGAUACCUACUCAAACUAUUAGAUAACGUUUACAAUCAAUUGGGCUUUUCCGAAUCGAAAAACGAAAAUAAUAUGCUGGAACAUUUUAAACGUGCCGAAAUUCUCAAUAUGGCUUGUCAUUUGGGUCAUCGUCAGUGCAUAGCCGAAAGUGUUCGACAUUUUCAAAAUUGGAUGCAAGUACCAAAUCCAGAUACCAAUAAUCCCAUAUCUCCAGAUCUGCGUAGUAUUGUUUAUUGUACGGCCAUCGCAUUUGGCACUGAGGGUGAAUGGGAUUUUGCCUUUGAACGCUUCAAAAAAUCGUCGGUAUCAACCGAAAAGGAAAUACUACUCUCCGCCUUGGGUUGUUCACGUGAACCAUGGAUUAUCUCAAGAUUUUUAAAAUAUUCCAUUAGCGGAGAGGAUGAUAUACGAAAACAGGAUGUAUAUCGGGUAUUCAUGGGUGUAACAUCAAAUGUGGUGGGGCAAAAAAUUGCAUUUGACUUUAUGCACACCAAUUGGGAGUACAUGAAAGCAUAUCUAAGUAAUGCAAUGUUAACCUAUAACAUGGUCCUGGAAGUUGUCACAAAACGUUUCAAUACCAAAUAUCAAUUUGCCGAUUUGGAAGCAUUCAUUAAAAACGAAUUGAAAGAUUCAAGUCGUUCCGUGGAACAAAUACUCGAACAUGUACAGGAUAAUGUAAAUUGGAUGGAUCAAAACUAUAAAAUCAUUGCCGAGUGGCUACGUAACGAAGCGCGUAGAUCUGAAUAA